AUGGUUGUGUCUUUUAGAUUUAAUCAUCAGUUCUUAACAUCUUUUCUCAUAACCAUAACCAUAGCCACACUAAAGUCGGUCCAUACAACAACAACAACGAACACAGAGUUUGUAAAAUCAUCAUGCACGUUCACAACAUACCCAAGACUCUGUUUCGCUUCACUCUCGACUCAAGCCACUCUCAUCCAAACCAGCCCUAAGCUCAUGGCUCAUGCAGCUCUCAACAUCACAUUAGCCUCGGCUAAAUCCACGUCAGCAAUGAUGGUGCGUCUCUCGAGCAACGUGCAGCUCAAGCCAAGAGAAGUCUCGGCCAUGAGAGACUGCGUCGAGGAGUUAGGUGACACGUUGGAGGAGCUAAGGAAAUCGAUUGGUGAGAUGGGUCAGCUAAGUGGCUCGAACUAUGAGGUUUACAUUAAUGAUAUUCAGACAUGGGUUAGUGCGGCUUUGACCGAUGAGAACACUUGUACGGACGGGUUCGAAGGAGACGACAUGAAUGGGAAGGUUAAGGUUUUUGUUAGAGGGAGGAUUUUAGUUGUUGCUCAACUAACGAGUAAUGCUUUGGCUUUGAUUAAUCACUUUGCUUCUAUUCAUGGUUAA